AUGCCCAAAGAAAAGAUUCAUAUUAACAUCGUCGUCAUUGGACACGUAGAUUCAGGUAAAUCUACUACAACUGGCCAUCUCAUUUACAAAUGUGGUGGUAUCGAUAAACGUACUAUCGAAAAGUUCGAGAAAGAGGCUCAAGAGAUGGGCAAAGGAUCUUUCAAAUAUGCCUGGGUAUUAGAUAAGCUUAAAGCUGAACGUGAACGUGGUAUCACAAUCGAUAUUGCUUUGUGGAAAUUCGAGACUGCUAAAUACUAUGUCACAAUUAUUGAUGCCCCUGGUCACAGAGAUUUCAUCAAAAACAUGAUUACAGGGACAUCACAGGCCGAUUGUGCUGUGUUGAUCGUUGCCGCAGGUACUGGUGAGUUUGAAGCUGGUAUAUCUAAGAAUGGUCAGACUCGUGAGCACGCACUUCUUGCCUUCACUCUUGGUGUAAAGCAAUUGAUUGUUGGAGUUAACAAAAUGGACUCAACUGAACCAGCUUAUUCAGAGCCCAGGUUCGAGGAAAUCAAGAAAGAAGUAUCGUCAUACAUCAAAAAGAUUGGUUAUAAUCCAGCUUCUGUUGCCUUCGUUCCUAUUUCUGGUUGGCAUGGAGAUAACAUGCUUGAACCAUCUGACAAGAUGCCAUGGUUCAAGGGGUGGGCUAUUGAAAGGAAAGAAGGCAAAGCCGACGGUAAAUGCCUUAUUGAAGCCCUUGAUGCCAUCUUACCUCCUAGCAGGCCAACCGAUAAGGCCCUUAGGCUUCCACUCCAGGACGUAUACAAGAUUGGUGGUAUUGGAACAGUGCCAGUAGGACGAGUAGAGACUGGUUUAUUGAAACCAGGUAUGGUUGUCACUUUUGCUCCAGUCAAUCUUACAACUGAAGUAAAGUCUGUUGAAAUGCACCACGAAGCUCUCCAAGAAGCUGUUCCUGGUGAUAAUGUAGGUUUCAAUGUCAAGAACGUUUCGGUCAAAGAAUUGCGACGAGGUUAUGUUGCUGGUGACUCCAAAAACAAUCCACCCAAGGCUGCUGCUGACUUCACUGCCCAGGUCAUCGUUUUAAAUCAUCCUGGUCAGAUUUCCAAUGGAUAUACUCCUGUACUUGACUGUCACACCGCCCAUAUUGCCUGCAAAUUCGCCGAGAUCAAAGAAAAGUGCGACCGUCGUACUGGUAAAUCUACUGAAAGCAACCCAAAAUCCAUCAAGUCUGGUGAUGCUGCCAUCAUCAACUUGGUCCCAACCAAACCAAUGUGCGUAGAAUCAUUCCAGGAGUUCCCACCAUUAGGUCGUUUUGCUGUAAGAGACAUGAGGCAAACUGUUGCUGUCGGCGUCAUCAAGUCGGUAAUCAACAAAGAUAUAACAACGGGUAAAGUAACAAAGGCCGCCGAGAAGGCACAGAAGAAGAAAUAA